GACUUCAGCUUCCUGACUCAUUCUAAAGCCUCUCAUUCUCUUCUUUUCUCAUUUUCUUUCGCUCUCUUUUGUUAGAAAUGGCUUAUCGGGACACUCCAGACCGACAGUUGUUUGAUGCUGCUCGAGAUGGAGACAUAGAAGGAAUGAGGACUGCCCUCUCUAAUGGGGCAUAUAUCAAUUGGCAUCAACCUCAUGGGUUUAACUGGACUCCAUUACAUGCAGCAGCUAUGAGUAACAAUAUUAAUGCUGUCCAGUGGUUACUCAGUAAAGGUGCUACUGUUGACUCAAGAGAUAAACUUGGAUACACUCCUCUCAUAGCAGCAGCUGGGAAUGGUCACACACAGGUAGUGACAAUGCUCCUUGAAAUAGGAGCAGAUGUCACUGCCUCUACUGUUUAUGGUAAGACUGCUCUUGAUUGUGCUGAACGUAAUGGUCAUUCUGAAGUUGCUACCCUACUGAGAGUACACUCAGGUAAUGUAUUUAUUAGUUUAUUAAACUGAUGUUAUUAUACUGUAUGUAGUACUGUAUUGUUAGUAAAUUUAAUGAAACAGCUUGAGUGCUUCCUCCCUUACCAUGUGUAAAAUUAAUUUAAAUAAUAAAAAUGUGUCACAUGAUUAUCUGUUGUCCAUUCCUUCCCUAUUGAUGUAUGAUGUAAGAUGUAGAGGGUCUGGCAUGAUGGUCAGUACUUGCUCCUUCAUAGUAAUUGUAUGUGAUGUCACAUGUUAGUAUCAUUGUUUACCCAAUGACUGUAAAACAUUAGUAGUGUCAUUUUGGUGUCUUAUGAUGCUUGAUCCCUCUCCUUUGUUAGAAACCUAACCUUUUGUAUUGUUGAUACAGUUACAGCAUGUACAUUCACUAUUAGCUUCUUCUAUGAAUUAAAUUGUGUAUCAGGUUAUGUAGCAAUAGCUUAUAGUGUAUAAUGUGUAUAUUAAUGCAUGGUAGUUGUAUCCCACUAUUAGGUUACUAUUGUUCCUCUUAUGUACUCUUAUGCAUGUACAGUACAGUCCCUCACAGCUGAUGUGAGCCACACUGAUGUACACAGUACACUUGGUAUGUGUACUGGUAUGUACUUGUAUGUAUUGGUAAACUUUGUACAUGUUUCAUU